AUGGAGCUGAACCUCGACGGACUGGGCAACCUCCACCAAGCCGGGGAGCUCUUGAGCCCCGCCGGGGCGCACGCCAGGCAGCCGCCGCCGCCGCCUCCCCCGCCGCCGCCUCCCCCGCCGCCGCCGUCGACGCACCGCAACCUGGUCUCCUCGCACGGCCGGCCGGCCAUGGUCUCCAGCAUGGCGUCCAUCCUGGACGGGGCGGGCGACUACCGGGCCGAGCACAGCUUGGGCGGCCCGCUGCACCCGGCCAUGAGCAUGGCCUGCGAGUCGCCCUCGGGCAUGAGCACUUACACCACGCUGACGCCGCUGCAGCACCUGCCGCCCAUCUCCACCGUCUCGGAGAAGUUUCCCCACCCGCACCACCACCACCACCACCAUCACCACCACCACCACCCGCCGCACCAGCGCCUGGCCGGCAACGUCAGCGGCAGCUUCGCCCUCAUGCGCGAGGAGCGCAGCCUGGCCGCCUCCAUGGGCAACCUCUACGGCCACUACCCCAAAGACAUGCCCGCCAUGGGGCAGCCCCUCUCCCCGCUGGCCAACGGGCUGGGCGGCCUCCACAACGGGCAGCAGUCCCUGGCCCCCUACGGGCCCGGCGGCCACCUGGCGGGCGACAAGCUGCUCUCCCCCAACGGCUUCGAGCCGCACCUGCUCUCCCGCAGCGAGGAGCACCUGGCUCGGGGGCUGGGCGCGCCCGGCGCCGGCAUGAUGCCCGCCCUCAACGGCCUCCACCCGCACGCCCACCCGCACGCCCAGGCCAACGGCUCGCUGCUGGCCGAGCGGGAGCGGCAGGGCUCGGCCUCGGGCUCGGCGGCGGGCGGCGGCGGGUCCGGCCAGGUGGAGGAGAUCAACACCAAGGAGGUGGCGCAGCGCAUCACGGCCGAGCUGAAGCGCUACAGCAUCCCGCAGGCCAUCUUCGCCCAGCGGAUCUUGUGCCGCUCGCAGGGCACCCUCUCCGACCUGCUGCGGAACCCCAAGCCCUGGAGUAAACUCAAGUCCGGCCGGGAGACCUUCCGCAGGAUGUGGAAAUGGCUGCAGGAGCCCGAGUUCCAGCGCAUGUCCGCCCUGAGGCUGGCCGCCUGCAAACGUAAAGAGCAGGAGCAGCAAAAGGACCGGAAUCUGCAACCGAAAAAGCAACGCCUGGUCUUCACCGACCUCCAGCGCCGCACCCUGAUCGCCAUCUUCAAAGAGAACAAGCGGCCUUCCAAGGAGAUGCAGAUGACCAUUUCGCAGCAGCUGGGCCUGGAGCUCAACACCGUCAGCAACUUCUUCAUGAAUGCUCGCCGGCGGUGUAUGAACCGUUGGCAAGAGGAGCCAGGCACCAACCCCGGAGUCCCCUCUUCAUCCACAAGCACUUUUUCCAAAGCAUGAUCUCUUUUAUUUUUUUUCAUAUGCCUCUCAUCCCUUGCAUCCCCCUGAACUCCACCCAGAAGAGAGCCCGCUCCCUUCUCCAUGUGUGCUCCCCUCACCUGCAUAUACCUGUACAUUGAGCAACGACAACGCAUGGGGCCCACUUCACUACCAAUCCACAGCGGAUGCCUCUGGAAUAUCCCAGAUCUUCCAGAGGCAUCCCUUGGCAGCCUCUGCCUUUGACCUCCCUCAAACCUUCCCAUUUGUGGAGGAGGGCCAUUUCAUCUCUUCAUCUGGUGAGCAAUCUUCUCCCAAGCUUUGGGUUUAGCUGAGGAACAUCUUCCUUCCUGGAAGUUUCAGCCAGCGAGUAAUUAAAUUGUUCUGAUGGCAGAGGGGGAGGGAUCUGUAAGGACCAGCUUAAUAGCAGAAGCUUUCACGGAAGUGGAUUUGAAAGCUGUCAUUGUGGGAACAAAAUGCUUAUCCCAGAUGUCCUGGCUAUGUAAGGAGCAAGUGUGUGGUGUAUGCCUUAAAAAACAGCCCAGCACUGGAAAAUUGAAGGGAGGGCAAAAAGCAAGUAUCUUAUUAAUUUGUGAAGCUGAUUCAGUUCUCUGAGAUGUAUUUCUAGAUACCUUUCCAGGUAACUGAACUUCGUCCAGUUCCUGGGUUUUAAAUUCCAGACUAACUCAUCGUUCCUACUGGGGUUGUCUUUCACCACUGAGAUAGAAGUGAAUUGUGGGAUACUUCUAAGAUUCAUAUCAGGCCUGUAAUAUCCAAUUAUGUCUCUCCUUCCUAUUUCAAAGAGAGGUCAUUUAUUGUGAAGCUGAUAGUGGCCUGCCUCUGAUAUGGGAAAAGACAUGUGGGGGAAUCAUGUAGGAAUCAUUUAGCCUUUAUACGGAGACAAGCUGCAAUUGUUUAGCCUGAAAUGAGAGUCAGUGAUGACAUGUGUGAAUGUAGGUUAGGGAGUUGCUCAGUUUGCAAGCCAAGGGAAGGGCCACCUAUAUCCUUCAUUCUAGUAGCAAGGGGAAAAUGCAUGAAAAUCCAUUCCAGAAAAAAAAAAGACAUCUUCAAAAUGUUAUCAUGUUGUCCUCAUGUACAUUUCCUACAGCUCAGCCCUCUUGUUUCCCCACAUCCUGUUCUCCACAAAAGUCUUCAGAGUCCAAGUGGUCCCCAUGAAAAUCCACCAGAAAUCUUGCCAAGCGCAUCACGGCAUGGUCUGAAAGUUACCAAAACCAAAUUCAAAAGUCUCAAAAGAAGACUUUUUUUUUCUUUUUUGACGAUUCCUCUCCAAGGAAUUCCAAGCCAAAGUGUCAAGGGAGAAACCAGAAACUCUGACGAAAAAUGAUCCCCUCUUUUCUCCCUUGAAUUAGUCGUGUGUAAUCUAAAGCGAAGUUGCACUGUGUCACCUAGAGUAAAAGCGGGUCAUGAAGCACAUUUUACGUACAUAAAUCGGGUAAUUUAAAAAAAAAAAGCUUUAAAGAAAUCAAAGCAAAGCAGUGCAGGAGCUGAAUUUUUAUUUCCUGGACACUGGAUCAGCAGCUGACCUUCCAUCCAAUGUUUCAUUCCAAAGGCCAGCCUCAGCUGAAUUAUUUCCAUCCUCACUCCCCUUUUUUGCCUCUUAUCCCCAUUUUCUGCCUCCAGUACAUACAGGAUGGCAGAAGGGGAGAGAAACCAUGAUGGUAUAUGUGAUAGGAAUCAGAUUGGGCAAGUUGAAUUGAGUGGGGGAACAGAUCAUGAAUCUGUUUGCUAAAUGGAUCAAUAGAUUUGAUUGGCAAGGGGAAGAUUCCUCCCCCAGUCCUUUUCCGGUCCCAGCUCCAUAUCCUCCCUGUUGAAAAUAACAAACUACAAAAAAAAAAAAAACCCUUAAAAAAAAGGAAUUCUGGCAACGUACGAAAGAUAAGUGACUAUUUUUUGUGUGUGUGCCAAUUAACAGCUUGCCUUAAAAAUAGAAGAUGGAUACCAGAUGACAGUCCUCUUUCGCUUGAAAAGGAGGACUUGACUUCAGCAGAGUCUGGCGCCAUGAAUCAGGAGCGUUUGCAAGGCAAAAAAAAGAAGAGAGAGAGAGAGAGAAAGAAAGAAAAAGAAAGACAUGGCCAACUUGAUGAGAAAUAGCAUCACCAGUUAAACCUGUAUGUCUGGCUGGCAAAGUUGAAGCCCCCCCUCCUUUGCCUAUGGAGCCAGAGAAAAGGCGUUUGAGGAGGCAGAGAGGCCGCAGAAUCGCAGCCUUGCCCUCUCCAUGCUAAACGUGGGAUUCUUUGUACAUGUGUUUCUGUGUGUGUCGUUUCUUUGUUUUAUUCUUUUUUUUAACGGGACACUAUCAAAUUGAUGCGGGUAAUAGAGCACCAUCCUUGCGCAAUGGCUUAUGCGUUCACUUUAUGUUGAAGACAAUGCGUUGAGCAACUGUUAGGCACCUUUGGGAAUGGAACAAAAAGAAAGAAAGAGAGAGAGUUAAAAAAAAAAAAACCCAGAACCAUCAAAAGUUUAUUCUUUGAGCAGAAAAGGAAGAAGGAAGGGGAAACAAAAGAAUUAAAUGACUGCUAAUAUUUCCUAUCUUCAGCAAAACAUUUUGUCCCGGUCAUGACUGUUGGGUGCAACCAAUCAGGGUGUGGGAUGAGUGGGAACUUAUUUGGACCAACCAAAGAAAACUGGAAAAGGGAAAAUAGCAGAUGCUGAGAUAUGUUUUAUCAAAACACACAUGCAGAGAGAGGGUGGGGGAUGCCACAGGAGGACAAAAGCCCCCCCCCAAGUCACCUCUCUCAGACCGCCCCAAGUGUCCAUCCCCUUCAAACCUAUCCCACCCUACCGCAUCAUCUUGUCUUGUUGUGAGUUGUCGAUGCUAAAAGAAUGAUGGAGAAGGACUCUGGUGGAUUUCCCAUACCUGAUUUUGUGAAGUAUUGAAGGGCUGAGAAGCCUCGCUAAAGGAAAAAAAAGAAAAAAAGAAGAAAAAAUGAAAUGAAAUGAAAUAAUGAAAUGAAAUGAUGGGGCCUGAACUGAGUAGAAGAACUGAAGGGAGGGGCAGGGGGAAAAAAAGCAAAGAAAAGGAAUAGUUCUAUCAAACGAACGACCCCGAACAUGCAAAGACAUUUUUAGUGAGAACCAGAAAAUAUAGGCUACCUCACUUGAGUUUUCGAUUUUUGUGAUUUGAAAAUCACAUCUGAUACCAAAGAUUUUGUUCUCCUUGCCUGGUUUGUGCUGGAUUAUACACAUUUGCGCCUCCCCUUUCUUGUUCCCUUGUGAUCCUCCAUUUAUAGUUCAUAGUCACAGAUCUUUCCCCAUUCAACUGUCUCCUGUGCUUUCCAACUUCCCGAGAGAAAGAGAGAAAGAAAGAGAAAGAAAGAAAGAAAGAGAGAGAAAGAGAAAGAAAGAAAGAGAAAGAAAGAAAGAAAGAAAGAAAAAGAAAGAAAGAAAGAAAGAAAGAAAAAGAAAGAAAGAAAGAAAGAAAGAAAGAAAGAAAGAAAGAAAAGAGCGCUAGAUGCAUGAAUGAAACUUGGAGUGAUAGCUGAGUGCCUUUUUCUUGUACAAAAGGUGUAAAACCAUUUUUCUGAUUUUCUUUUUUUCGUUUUCUUUGUCCUAUAAGUUCAUGAGAUAUUACCUCAGUUCUCUUAAUCAGAGGGAUUCUGGCAACUCUUGUAGCUUUUGGGUGAUGGGACAAAAGCCAUUUCUCCUUUGGUCCUCUGGGUCCUCUCCUUCUGCCCUCUUAACACAAUCCACACGCACACACACACACACACACACACACUCCCCAGUGUUUCAUGUGCACUCCAAUGCACAU